AUGCCAGCCGAUGAAGAACAAGAUGAAGAUUGUUUGACGCUGUCGAUACACAUGCCCUUCACACCCUCCCACACAUCCUUCAACGCCGCCGCAAACCUCCCAGUCCUCGUCUUCAUCCACGGCGGCGCAUAUUUCCUCGGCUCAGGCAACCGCCCGUACUACUCGCCCACAUCAUUCCUUUCACACGCUACCUCCACCUCCCAGCCUCUCCUCUUCGUAAGUAUAAACUACCGCCUGGGCGCACUGGGUUUCCUCCACACCCGCACAUCCACCAACAUCGUGCCGGAGAAUAACGGGCUGCACGACCAAAUCCUCGCUCUGCGCUGGGUGCAGGAGUUCAUCGGUGGGUUUGGCGGGGAUAAGGAGAACGUUAUGGUAAUGGGACAGAGCGCGGGUGCGGAGUCGACAGCACUUCUUUCACACUCUAGUUUUGUUAAAGAAGAGGGCUUGUUCAAUAAAGCGAUUGUCAUGUCUGGCUCGCAGGUGACGAUGCCCGCCAUGACGCCGGACGAACAUGCGCGGAAUUUCCUGCUGCAGGCGGACAAACUCGGUAUUAUGACUGAGAAUCGCGAUGUGGAUGAUAUCGCCCAGGACGUCAUUGCUGUCGAUGUUGAGAAGAUUAGGGAGCUGGCGUGGGUGGGGAGUCCGUGUACAAUGUCUGCGCUGCUGCCGUUUGAGCGGCCGACGAUGCGGGGGAAGUGGAAUGGGGGGAGUGGAGUGGAGAAGCAGGUCAUCAGCACGACGACGUAUGAUGGCGGGAUAUCGUUUAAUAUGAUGUCUCGGGACGAGUCGCGCAGCAAUCACGCAGCGUCGUUCACCGCCAUCGCUACGGAUGUCCUGGGCCGCGAACGAGCUGCGAGGUUGUGUGAUAUCUACGAGGUGUACGAUAACACACCGGAUCCAGAGGCGUUGCAGAAGAUCUGCUUGUUUGAAUCAGACACGGGCUUCUUCUUCGCUGCGCUACAUCUAUGUACUUCGUCGCCCACAACUUACUUCCAGAUCUUCGACCUACCCAAUCCAUUCCCCGGACCCUUGUCGUCUCAGGGCCACUUCGCGACGCACACAUUCGACAUCACGACGCUGCUGGGCGGAUAUGACGAGAGUUCGUUGCCGGAGGGGUAUGGUGAAGUGAUAUCGAACUGGCGAGACAAGAUCUUGGCGUUUGUGAGAGACGGGGCGGGGAUAUGUGAGGAAUUUGGAGAGGAGGGGAAGGGGCUGAUUGUAGGGAGCGAAGGUGUAAGGGAGGUAGAUAGGGAGGGGUAUAUGGCUGGGAGGAGGCAGAGGUUGAGUGACCUGGCGGAUGAAAUUGAUGAGAAGGAUGGAUGGGAUGGUUGGGAUGUUCUUUGGGUUGAUGUGUGUAGGAGGUUUUUGAUGAAGGGGGAAUAG